GCUCGCUUGACCGACCGCCGAUUCCCGCCCACCUAGGACCGGACAACCCUGCUCGACGCUUUGCUCAUCCAUCCCUCAACAACUUCCCUCGCCUCCUUGUGCAUAGUGACAAUAAUGCGUGUGACUGCCAUCCGCCGUGCCGCCCUCUCCGCCGCUCCCACCAGGGCCGGCGGCCUCGUUUCCCCUCGCCCCCUCCCUCGCUUGGCCGCGCCCCACGCCGGCGCAUCGGCGCUACUCGCCCGCCCGUCGGGCCCCAACGCGCGCAGGUAUGCGUCUGGUGGGCCCUCGACGGGCGGUAACGGCGUCGUCUACCUCGCGCUCGGGACGAUCGCCGUCGUCGCCUUCCUGACCCUCAAGCCCAAGUCGGUCGAGAAGGCCGGUAGCGGUGCCGAGGCCGCCGCGAGGAUCGCGGAGGAGGCCGACAAGCAGGCGAGCGCGGCGACGAAGAAGGUCUCCAAGGUCAUCGAGGGCGCUGCCAAGGCUGCCAACGAGGCCGCCGAGAAGGACCCCAUCACGACGGUGGGCGACAUUGCCGUCGCUGUCCUCCCUGCGUCCGUGCUGUCAUUCUAUGACCAGGUCGAGAAGGAGGCCGGCGCGACCGUCGGCGGCUUCCUCUCCAAGAUCAAGGACACGGACAUCCAGGGCACCCUCGACUCGCUCAAGAACGCCGGCAGCGACGACGUGAAGAACGUCGUGGACAAGGUCCAGGCCAAGCUCAAGGAGGCCAACGGCAAGGUCCAGAACGUCGACUGGAAGCAGCUGUCGUCCGACCUGUCCAAGGAGUAUGGCGAGAAGAGCCAGCAGGCGAUUGACGUCCUCGUCGGCAAGCUCCCCACCAGCGCCGACUUUGACGACUACUUCAAAAAGGCCGAGCAGUACAGCAAGGACCAGCUCAAGGAGCUCGACGCGGCCGCCGACAAGCUGUACAAGCAGGUUGAGAAGGCGGCGCAGGACAAGGCGGCCGAGGGCGAGGCCUGGGUGCGGGGCAUUGCUGCCGCCAAGCCCGAGGACGUGGACAAGUUUGUCACCGACCUCAAGAACCUGUCCAAGGAGAUUGGCGUGCCGGCCGACGCGAUCGACCAGUGGCUACGCGACCGGACCGAGGACGGCAAGCUCUCGACCGAGAAGUUUGCCAAGGAGUUCCAGGAGCGCAUCGACCAGGCGGCCAAGUGGUUCCCCGCCGACUCGGACGACCUUGUCAAGAAGGUCAGCAACGUGUCCCCCGCCGUCGGCAAGCUCUUCGACCAGCUCAUCAAGGAGGCCAACGAGAACAUUGAGCGCGGCAAGGCCGAGAUUGCCAAGGCGCAGAAGGAGGCCGGCGGCGCUGCGUCUGAUGCGGCUGACAAGGCCAAGUCCGAGUACGAGAAGGGCAAGAAGUCGGUCGGGGCGGCCAUCGAGAAGGGCAAGGCCAAGGUCGACGAGGCGGUCAAGAGCGUUACCAAGUAGACGGACAAAUCUGAAGUAUGUAGUGGGAUGCAGGGGCGUGACUUGCUGA